AUGGCUAUGGCUGUGGCUCAUCAUAGAGAAAGUAGUAGCAGUGGUGGAAGCAUUGAUAAGCAUCUUGAUUCUGGGAAAUAUGUUAGGUAUACUUCUGAACAAGUUGAGGCUUUGGAAAGGGUUUAUGCUGAGUGUCCUAAGCCUAGUUCCAUGAGAAGACAACAAUUGAUUAGAGAGUGUCAUAUUCUUUCCAACAUUGAACCUAAACAAAUCAAGGUUUGGUUCCAAAAUAGAAGGUGUAGAGAGAAGCAGAGAAAAGAGGCUUCAAGACUUCAGACUGUGAAUAGAAAGUUGUCUGCAAUGAACAAGUUGUUGAUGGAAGAAAAUGAUAGGUUGCAGAAACAAGUUUCACAGCUUGUGUGUGAGAAUGGAUUUAUGAGGCAGCAGUUGCAUACUCCAUCAGCAGCAGCAACCACUGAUGCGAGUUGUGAUUCGGUUGUUACUACUCCUCAGAAUUCCAAGAGUGAUGCUAAUAACCCUGCUGGACUCCUAUCAAUUGCAGAGGAGACUUUGACUGAGUUCCUUUCAAAGGCUACAGGAACUGCUGUUGAUUGGGUCCAGAUGCCUGGGAUGAAGCCUGGUCCGGAUUCGGUUGGGAUCUUUGCGAUUUCACAAAGUUGUAGUGGAGUGGCAGCUCGAGCUUGCGGUCUUGUUAGUUUAGAACCUACAAAGAUUGCAGAGAUCCUUAAAGAUCGUUUAUCUUGGUUUCGGGAGUGUCGGAACCUUGAAGUUUUCACAAUGUUUCCUGCCGGAAACGGAGGAACCAUUGAGCUUAUUUACACACAGACAUAUGCUCCAACGACGCUGGCUCCUGCCCGGGAUUUCUGGACUCUUAGAUACACUACAAGUUUGGACAAUGGCAGUCUUGUGGUUUGUGAGAGGUCCCUAUCCGGUUCUGGCACCGGUCCUAAUCCAGCUGCUACUGCUCAGUUUGUAAGAGGUGAAAUGCUCCCUAGUGGCUACUUGAUUCGACCAUGUGAUGGUGGAGGUUCAAUUAUCCACAUUGUAGACCACCUAAAUCUUGAGCCUUGGAGUGUGCCAGAAGUGCUACGACCGCUUUAUGAAUCCCCAAAAGUUGUGGCUCAAAAAAUGACCAUUGCGGCACUUCGAUAUAUUAGGCAAAUAGCUCAGGAAAUGAGUGGCGAAGUAGUAUAUGGAUUGGGUAGACAGCCUGCUGUUUUGCGAACAUUCAGCCAAAGAUUAAGCAGAGGCUUCAAUGAUGCUGUAAAUGGAUUCAAUGAUAAUGGGUGGUCUAUACUGAACUGUGAUGGUGCCGAGGAUGUAAUUAUUGCUGUUAAUUCAACCAAGAAUUUGAGUAGCACUUCUAAUCCAGCAAGUUCCCUUACAUUCCUUGGAGGAAUCCUCUGUGCAAAAGCUUCUAUGUUGCUCCAAAACGUUCCUCCUGCUGUUUUGGUUCGCUUCCUAAGGGAGCACCGCUCAGAAUGGGCAGAUUUCAACGUCGAUGCUUAUUCUGCUGCAUCAUUGAAAGCUGGAAACUAUGCCUAUCCAGGGAUGAGGCCUACAAGAUUCACUGGCAAUCAAAUAAUCAUGCCCCUUGGUCAGACAAUUGAACAUGAAGAGAUGCUUGAGGUUAUUAGGCUUGAAGGCCACUCUCUUGCUCCAGAAGAUGCUUUUGUUUCAAGGGACAUUCAUCUCUUACAGAUAUGCAGUGGAACCGAUGAGAAUGCUGUUGGGACUUGUUCGGAGCUCAUAUUUGCUCCAAUCGAUGAAAUGUUCCCAGAUGACGCUCCAUUGGUACCUUCUGGUUUCCGCAUCAUUCCGUUGGACUCAAAACCAGGUGAUAAAAAGGAUGCAGUGAAUUCAAACCGAACACUGGAUUUGACAUCAGGUCUUGAUGUGGGCGCAGCAACAUCUCACGGCGGUGCAGAUUCAUCGAGUCAAAACACACGAUCGGUGUUGACUAUUGCCUUUCAGUUCCCUUUCGACAGCACCAUGCAAGAUAAUGUUGUAAUAAUGGCACGUCAAUAUGUUCGUAGCGUGAUUUCCUCUGUUCAGAGGGUUGCCAUGGCUAUUUCUCCGUCCGGUAUAAACUCAGCUGUUGGAACAAAACUUUCUCCUGGCUCUCCAGAAGCAGUUACACUAGCUCAUUGGAUCUGCCAGAGUUAUAGUUGCUAUUUGGGGACAGAUUUACUUAGAUCAGAUUCUCUAGUUGGCGACUUGAUGCUAAAACAGCUGUGGCACCACCCGGACGCCAUUCUAUGUUGUUCACUAAAGUCGCAGCCAGUGUUCGUCUUUGCAAAUCAAGCUGGCCUUGACAUGUUGGAGACAACUCUAGUAGCCUUACAAGACAUCACAUUGGAUAAAAUAUUUGAUGAGUCCGGGCGCAAGGCAUUAUGUUCAGAUUUCGCCAAGUUAAUGCAACAGGGUUUUGCUUAUCUACCAGCCGGGAUCUGCAUGUCUACGAUGGGACGGCAUGUUUCAUACGAGCAAGCCAUUGCAUGGAAAGUGUUAACACCAGAAGAUAACUCUGUUCAUUGCUUAGCCUUCUCUUUCAUAAAUUGGUCAUUUGUAUGA